AAACAACCCCGGAGGAAUCCGUGGUAGAUUCCGUAAACACAUGACUAGCAGAAUGGAAAAUGAAAGUGGUCUAUGAAAAUUGUGACACUUUCUGUUUACGCCGUAAAACUUUGACUGCUGUUUGAUUUCAAGAAGUAAGUAGCCUAUGUUUUAAUUUUUCAACGUGAUCACAUUCAGUUUGAAAGUAAGAAUUAGCGAUCAGUAAGAAAUUAGUGCUUAUUAUUGGCUUAUUAUUGGCUUAUUAUAAAUACUGACGAGUAGUUUUAUUUACAUGUACUAUCGUAGUGGUUUUAUAUGAAAUUAAUGAUUAUGUAUUGCAUUACAGUGAAUAGGUUAUUCCACAGUGUCAAGCAUACACACAUGUAUGACGAAGAGGAAGAGGUGCAUUUCCCCCUGGCCACUCCUAGUUACACUGCCCCAGUAAAUGGGAGCCAUUGUGAGUGGCAGCUGUUUGAAGACCAGAGCUGGCUUCGUAUCGCCAACCAGCAUGUGAUCGAGACGCACUACUGCCAGCCUGGAGCUGCUGGGAUCACCCUCAAUACCGCCAGCAGACCGGUGUACAUCGACUUCGACAGGAUGACCACCCGGAGCACGGCCCUACGGGUCAGGAGACUCAACAUCCUGCCUGCUGGCCAAUCAGAGGAUGUGGGCUGGUACUUCAGAGAUGACAGGUUGUGGUGUGAAUAUGGGUCAAAGGGAGCCCCAGUUAGUAGUAGGGAUUUGGAGCAGCAGUUCAUCCAGAAUCCUCUGGGAAGCUUCCAGUUCAAAGUGAGGCACCAGUCCUACUGCCUCGACUUCUCAGCAAUGACCCAGACCAACCAGACCACCCAUGUGCAGAGGAAGGUACGCCGGCGGCCCAAGUUCAACCCCCUCAUCUCAGUGAACAUCAGUCCCGCCCCUGCCCUGCUAACGCCCCCUGCUGGUGUCAUGUGGGAGUAUAUGGGUGAAGAGGGAGUGUGGAUGGAAUACCAAGCUUACACUUGCUCCUAUGACAGUGCUACUAUUGAAACACAUUACCAACACAACCCCCAGGGUCAGCUCAGCUUCAGAGCUGGGAGAUUCAGCUACACUCUGGACUUCACAGGAAUGUUCCAGACCAACGCCUCCACCAGGACGUGCAGAGCGGUGAGGAGGACCCAAGGACCCCUGCAAACCACCUGGGCCGGUCCUCGAUGGCACUUCAGAGACAUGGAUGGAACAUGGCGCGAGUAUAGCAAGAGUGGAGGCUGCAGUGUGUCCAGCCAGGACAUAGAGAUCAGCUACCAGCAGGAUUCUGGAGGCACCCUCACCUUCACCACCAGGACCUUCACAUACCAGCUCUGCUUCUCAGCCAUGACCCAGAGGAACCUUUCCACCAAUACCACCAGAGCUGUUCAACGUCUUGACCAAUGACUGCAUCCGAUACUGACCGGUCACUGAAGGGAGAAUCCCAAACUGCCGACAACUGAGAACCUCCCAAUUAUUAUGUUUAAUGUUUACCUUGAAUCUGACAUGGUUCUCCAAGACUGGAAAUACCAUCAAUACAAAAUAAAAUUGUU